AGUCGAAGGCUACCUUCGGACGCGAUCGACACGCAACUUUCUGGAUCCCGUGGCAGGUCGUGGAAUCUGUGUGGACCAUCCCACCCCCGCCCCCUCCAGGUUGGACCCUGCUGCUGCUGCUGCUGGAGGUGGUGACCGUGGCCGUGGAAAUCCUCCUGAUUGACGCCGAGGCUGAGUCUGAGUGUGCUGCUGUAUAGUAAAAGGAUACUCUCCAGGACAAUUUGUUGCUUCUGGCUUCUGGUCUCGGCUUACAGCAAUCUACGAGAGGGGUGGUGGUGGACGGAUUUGGGGUGAGAAAGGGCCAAUAGCCGCUGUGGGGAUGCUGCUGUUUUUCCAAGGGGAGUCGUGAGCAGCAGUAGUAGUAGAGUUUGUAGUGGUGGUGGAAAACCACCUGUCGAUUGCAAUUAAAAGUGAUUUUAUCAGAACAGCGCGGCGCGGGGCUCACAUUUCCCCUUUUCUGGGGGAGGACCACCGCCAGUAGGAGCUGUUUUGGGUGGGUGGAGAACGGCGCGGAAAACAACUUUGAAUUCAUCAUGGACUAGAGCGGUGCGAGAUUAGCAUGAACUAGUUCAACCAUAAUUAAUCUCCGUAACCAAGUACUGCGCUAGGCGGUAAAACUUACAUAAUCCCUUCGAGGGGGCUGAAACAACGUGAUAACCGGGGAAACCACGUAUCAUAUCAAUACGGUUUAAACAACAAGCGACGAUAAAAAAAGACCUGAAUCUCACACUCCAGCAGGCAAAGUAAAUAAUAACUACGGUGGUGACGAGUGUGAAAAAUGUGUCAUUAAAAGGGGAGGUGGUGGUUCUGCACGCAUCAGGUGCCCACACACACAGGUGGUUCAACGCGGCGCGGGAUGGCAAUUACGGGAUUGAGUAAUUGAGUCGUCCGCCAUUAUUGAUGUCGUGUACGGCGACGUCAACGCGACGUGAAAAGUUUGCAUGAAAGAAGUUUUUUGUGCCAGAACGACGUGUGAAUAAAUUGUGUAACAGCGGAUCGGUGAACGUAAAACACUCCGUUGGAUAUCACCAAGACGACCCGACACGCCCGAGAUGGAAGCAACUGCCGUUCGGAUGUUCCACAACGUUGGAUGACACGCGUGAAGAAGUCGCAGUCGCGUCGGCAGUGUAAACUCAUCGGAGUCUCGAUUAGCUUCCGCGAAAAGUCGAAUCAAAUUGAAACUCGAGACUCAACAGUUACGCUGUAAAGAGAGAGAAAGAGAAGAAAGCUAAUCAGUCGUCGUCGCAUAAAUUUCCGGCGAAAUGUUUGUACGCCAAAUGUUGUGAUUAAUUCGCGAAUCAAUGAACCGUGGCGAGUGAGAUUCAGUUCAAGUGUGAAAGGUUUUUCGGAAAGGAUUACAGCGAGCUGCUCGACCGACCGACAAUUUAACUCCCGUUGAAACAGCUUGCCAAUGCUCAGCCCCAAGAUGCAGCGAUCCGUUCGCGUCAACGAGCAUCAGCUGAUUAUGCUGUCCGAUCGGGCCCAGUAUGAUCACUCGAUGCAUGGCUACUUGCACAAACGAACAGCGGACAACAACAAAUGGCAGAUGCGGUGGUUCGUCCUGUACCAGAACUUGCUGUUCUACUACGAGUCGGAACAGUCCAGCCGGCCGUCCGGGCUGAUCUUUCUGGAAGGAUGCUACUGCGAACGGCUUGUUUCAGCCCCCUCGUUGUCCGGUCCGCCGAUCAGCAGUGGCGGCGGACAGGGCUCCAAGGCCAUCAAGGAGGAGAAGCUACAGCACUGCUUUACCAUCUGCUACCGUCGAGAAAACCAACGCCAAUACGAACUGCGGGCUUCCACCGAAUCGGAAUGUUCCGCCUGGAUAAUCGCCAUCCGAGAGGCAAGCUUCAACAAGCUCUUGCUGCAAAAGGAGGAACUGGAGCAGAAGCACGUCCACUUGCUGCAGGUCGUCGAAAGUGAGAAGACCGCCAAAUGGCAGUACACUCAGCAGUGCGAAGAGCUUGCAUCCGAAAUACGCAAGCUGAGGGCAGAGAUCUGCGUGCUGCGCAAGGAAACCCGCUCCAGCUACUCGGCCACUCCGGUGGGCCGGGGCAGCUUCAGCAUGCCCGGCGAGAUGCUCAGCCACGACGAUCCGGCCUCCCUGCCGGGGCUGUGCGCGUCCGUGUCCGACUCGAUCGAGCUGCGCAAGAUCAAGAAGGUGCAGAGCUUCUUCCGGGGGUGGCUCUGUCGGCGCCGCUGGAAACAGAUCGUCGAGGAGUACAUCCGGUCACCGCACGCGGAGAGUAUGCGCAAGCGGAACCACCUGGUGUUCAGCAUGGUGGAAGCGGAGGAGGAGUACCUGGAGCAGCUGGAGGUACUCGUGGCAUGCUUUCUUCGGCCGUUCAAGAUGGCGGCCAGUUCCAAGCGUCCGCCGUGCUCGCACGAGGACGUCAACUCGAUCUUCCUGAACUCGGAAACGGUACUGUUCCUACAUCAGAUCUUCCUGAAGGGUCUCACCUCGCGGUUGGAGUCGUGGCCCACGUUGGUACUUGGGGAUUUGUUCGACAUGCUGCUGCCGAUGUUGAGCAUCUACCAGGAGUACGUCCGCAAUCACCACUACAGUCUGCAGGUGCUGACCGAGUGCAAGAGCAAUACAAACUUCGCCACGGUGCUGAAACGUCUCGAGGCCAAACCGACCUGCCAAGGCCGUAGCCUCGAGACCUUCCUUACCUAUCCGAUGCACCAAAUCCCGCGCUACAUCAUAACGCUGCACGAGCUGCUCGCCCACACCCCGCACGACCACGUGGAGCGCAAAAGUCUGCAGAACGCGCGCCAACAGCUGGAGGACCUUUCGCGCCAAAUGCACGACGAAGUGUCGGAGACGGAAAAUCUGCGCAAAAAUCUCGCCGUAGAGCGCAUGAUCGUCGAGGGGUGCGACAUUCUGCUCGACGUGAACCAAGUGUUUGUGCGACAAGGAAGUCUCGUGCAAGUUCCACCAGGACGAGGAAGGAUUCGAAGCCGGUUGGCUUCGUUCAAAAGCGAGCGCGACGCUGUGCGGCAGUGUUUCCUGUUUUCGAACCACAUGAUUAUCGCUACCAGAACUUCCGGUGGUCGACUGCACCUGCUCCCGGACGUGGGUAAGAUUCCGCUGGCGGACGCUACCCUCAUCGAGGACCCGAGCGAGGUGCAGGACGAGGACGCUUCAGUAUGUUCGCAAUCAACGCGUGGCAGCACGCUCAGCGUAUCGGAAUCGGUCAACGCCGGCAAUCGCGACUUUAAGAUCUUCGUGGAAACCAAAUCCGGUGCGCGGCACAGCAUCCACCUGAUCGCGCCCACCAUCCAGGACAAGGAAGCGUGGAUCAGCGAUAUUUCGCAGUGCUUGGACAACAUCCACAUGCACUCGCUGCUGUCCCCCGGGAUCGGAGGGUCCUCCGGAGGAUCCAUCUUUGCAGGACACCAAGCAUUGCGAGCCGAUCCGCGCCUGUUCAAGGACGACGUGGACAUUCGGUUUUCGCGAACAUUGAACUCGUGCAAGCUGCCCCAGGUGCGUUACGCGACCCCGGAACGGCUACUCCAGCGACUUACGGAUCUGCGCUUCCUGUCGAUUGACUUUUUGAACACCUUCCUGCUGACCUACCGGGUGUUUACCGACGGGGAGACGGUGCUGCAAGCGCUCAAAAAUGUGUUCUACAACCCACCGCUGGAACCGGCCUGCGAGUGUGACCACCAGACGGACUUCCUGGAACUUCCCUACCAGGAUGGCCGUGCAUCGCCCCGGCGAACGUCCGGAGCCAGCUCGGUGUCAGGUUACUGCUCGGAGGGUGCCGACCGGGAUCGGUCAAUGAGUGGUGAUUCGGCGGGUUUGCGCUUCCGAGGGUCCCGACGGGGAUACGCUAGCCACCAGGGCUCGGAACAGGAAACCCUAUCUUGGAUACCCGAACAAGCUGGACCGGUUAUCAUCCAUGGAGUUCACCAUCACGAAACAGCGGUGGAAGAGAAACAGCAGCAGCAGCAGCAGUCUCCACCGAAGGUUGAUGGGGGUGGAGGGGGCAAUGGGGGUGGUGGAGGUGGGGGGUCAUUGCAGAGCAAGUCCCAACAUCAAAUACACGCGCAGCCCCAGGAUGACUCGUACCUGGCGAUACCGAAACCCAUGGCCGGGUCGAGCAGUUCGGACACGUUGACCGAAACAGCCAUGAGUGGCCCCUCGUCACCGUCGAACCUGAGCAGCGUCACGUUAGUUGGCUCAACCGGGUCCGGCGGUCAGGACAAGUCCGAAGAUCAAACACCAACCGAGGGCACAUUCCGGUACGGGAAGGCACCGUCCGGACCGCUGCCAGAACGUGUCAAUCCAAAGCAGCGGAAGGAACCGACGCCAACAAUUUGCACCACGGACAUGACCCAGCAGCAGCAGCAACAACAACAACAGCAGCAAAUUAAAGAACCUCAAACUCCGCCAACUGUAACUACAACUCCGUGCCACAGUCCUUCCAGUCCUGGUCAGCAGUUGGCCGCCAAAGAACAACAACAGCAGCCAACGGUGUGCCAAAAUGGUCACGACGGGCCAAAAAUCGUAACUCAGCCUUAUCUGCUGAGCACGACGACCACGACAACGGUCACGAUAACGACGACAACUACAACAACGCACACGGCUGCUUCUGGGACGGCGGUCACCAAGAGUAUCUCCCCUCCACAUCUUCUGCCGAUGGACCGGCGACCGAGUGUGGGACACAACAUUGCCAUCCCGCAUGCGGCCCUCUGCCAGCACCGGCACAGUCUGCAGCUGAACGGCGACGGGAGCUUCUACGGCAAGGGCAGUGAAAAGCAACAGCAGCAGCAGCAACAACCACAAAUCAGCAGCCCCCGGCUGGCCACGCGAAAGUUCUCCGCCCCGAAAACGCCGGAACGCCAACGGAAAAGCCUCUUCGGAACGCCCCAGCGAGAGCGCGACUCGUCGAGCACGCGUCGCUUCUCCGAGAGUGACGACGACAUGGCCACGUCGAUCUUCACGACGCCCCGCGGCUCCGUCGGCGGCGUCUCGCUCAGCACCCUGUCCUCGCGGGCCUCGAUGCAGCAUGACCACGUGCCGCACUGCUCCAGCAAGGUCGGCGUCGUAAUCACCUCGUACCGGCAGUCACAGCGCAGCAUGGGACCGGAUCCACUGUGGAGUAGCACCUCAACUGCAGCAGCGGCUUUCGCAAUCGCUACCUCAGCUUCCAGCAACCCAAGGGAUGAGCCCCCCGAAGUGGAAGCUAGGAACCGGAAAGAAUCUGUUGUCAGUUCGCCGGCCACGAUGCGCGUCCUGAACGUGCUCCGGCACUGGGUGUCCAAGCACUUCCAGGACUUUGAGCAGGAUGCAGCUUUGCGCUCGCAGACGAUAGCCUUCCUGGACGACAUCACCUGCAGUCCGAACCUAUUGCCAACCGAGCAUCGAGCUGCAUCCCAACUGCUGCGGCUGCUGUGCCGCGACGACAUCGACAGCGGGAAGCACCACCUGGACAUGCUGCUGAGGCCACCGCAGACGCCAAGCAAGGAGAGCAUCGAGACGCUGUCCGCGCUGGAGAUCGCUGAGCAAAUGACGUACCUGGAUCACCAGAUCUUCCUGGCCAUACGGAGCGAGGAAUUCCUCGGUCAAGCGUGGAUGAAGUCGGACAAGAAGUCACGGGCAGAGCACAUCAUCUUGAUGACGAAACGCUUCAACGACGGUUCGAGGCUGGUCUGCUCCGAGAUUGUGUCGAGGAGCAACAUGGCGGCGCGGGUAGCCGCCAUCGAGAAGUGGACUGCCGUGGCGGACAUUUGCCGGUGUCUGCACAACUUCAACGGAGUGCUGCAGAUUUGCGCUGCCUUUACGAACGCGGCCAUCUACCGGCUGAAGAAAACCUGGGACAAGGUUCCGAGAACGAUCAAAUCGACAAUCACGAAGCUGCAGGCCGUGGUCUGCUCGGACGGCCGGUUCCGGGUGAUGCGCGAGGCCCUGCACAGGUGUGACCCGCCCUGCAUCCCGUACCUGGGCAUGUACCUCACGGAUCUGUCCUUCAUCGAGGAGGGCACGCCGGACUUUACCCCGGACCGGUUGCUGAACUUUUCCAAAAUGCGAAUGAUUGCCCACGUGAUACGCGAGAUUCGCCACUUCCAACAGACGCCGUACAAGAUCGAUCACAUACCGAAAGUGACCUCCUACCUCCUGGACACUUCGUUGCUGCUGGACGACGACGAGCUGUACCAGAAGUCGCUGCAGAUCGAGCCGCGCAGCUCCCGGCUGAGCGCCCCCAACACGGCCAACGUCUGAGCCCUGCGCCACCUCCACCGGACUCGGGCCACCUCCCUCGAGACCGAUGGGGCCGGCAGCGGGCAGGACACGUUGUAGAGACGGGAAGAUCCGUGAAGAAGCAAAAGAAUAAGAGUGAUGUUUGAGAUUUUCAAAAAAAGUUGUGACAAAAAAUGUUUGCUCACCUCUUUAUUUGAGGAAUGGGCGGUGGAAAGUGUGUAAGAGUGGUUUUAUUUUUUGAGCUGGACUUGAUGAACUAUGACGAUGUGGUGAGGAUAGUGAUCCGUGAAAGUUUCCUGUUGAAGCGGGCAGCAAGACGACAGUUUGAUCAAGAUCGAACCAAUUAAAAGUUGUUCGUGGCGUGACCUGCGAUGAUCGAACUCUGCAGUUUCGAUUCUGCACAUACGAUAGCGCCUUGUUCGGGCCCCCGUCCGUUCGGGGUUCGCUCGAGCCAUCAACACCUGCCCGCUUGGCCCGGACUUGGCCCUCGGGAGGGGAAAACUCUUGUUUUUCCACGCCCGGCCAGCUUUCACGGGGCAUCAUCAUCAUCAUCAUCAUCGCUGCUAGUUGAAGCCCAGUUAAAAGAAGCAUAAAUCAGUGCAAUCAAAGUUGAGUCGUUCCUGGACCGGACUCGAUGUGGAGUCGACGAAGCUCUGGGGUGGAGAUAAUUUCCUUUACAAAGUUCAAUCAGCGUGGACUUGACGGCGAAGGUUCAGGCCAAAGUUUUAUCACAAUGUCAGCGUUUAGUGGCGUUUUUCCCCUGAUGAGUUGAAAGGAUUGGGAAAAGCCGUACCCAGUGCUGGGUACAUAUCUGGGAGCUGAUGCUGCAUCAGAUCUGGUGCAAAGUUGGCCGGAACGGGAAGGAGUUUCGAACGAGAGAUCCGUUCCAACGCGUAAACCAUCUUAUAUCACAAUAAAUAACAACGCUCUUAUCGCGACAGUUUCUCGUCUCAAAAUUUUUAUCAUCUUUUUAUGCAUAUUUUAAAAUCAUCUCACAAGUUAGGAUUACAGGCAUUUCAAACUAUUUCGAAAAAUAGUAUCGUUUUAACAAUCUUGCAAUGCAGAGUCUGUGCUCCACGUGGCAGUUUAAAAGAUUUUCUCCUAAAAUUAUCACUUUUGCCUUCUUCUUUGAAAAAAUUAUAUUGUUAAUAAUACUCAAACAGUACGGUAGUCAAAAAGUGAAAGUUUAUUGAUUGGUACUUUGAGAGAAAAUAGAUAAUAAAAAACAAACAUUAGAAUUGAAGGCUGAGUCGUGCAAAAGAGAUGCUUUGGAAUCUUACGAAAAAAUAAAUAUUUGAUGUCGAGAGAUGUGAGUGAGGAUUUGUUGAGAUUAAUUUUCUGAAAAGCUGUUUUGCAUGAAUCAUUCUUCCAUUAACGAUUAUCCUCCUGGUAGUGUUAUAGAGAAAAAAUGGUAGUUUAUAGAACUGUGUUAUGCUGGCCAUAACUUAACAUAUACUUAUGAAUACUUGUACUAGUGUUAAGCGUGAAAUAUGUCGAAUAAACAUUCAUGGAUAUACAAUUUAAUCCCAAGUAAUUCUCAACAGAAAUGAGCUAAAUCUUUGUGGCGAAACAAAACCAAACUCUACAUACAUAUCUAAAAAUUGACUCAAUUUAUAUACCAGCAGUAAGCAAAAUCCAACACACAAACACACACACAUGCGGUAAAUGAAACUAAAUGUUAACUUCUUCGUUCGUUAUUUACCAGUUAAAGCAAGUGAAAUUAAAAAAAAAAACAAAUAUAACAAAACAAAUCGUGAUACUUUCAGAUAAAAUAGUGAAAAGAGAAAAAUGACACAUUCUUCAAACUUUCUUAUGACUAACAAAUACAAAGUAAAUAAUGUAGCAAAAAAUACCUACAAAAAAUAAGGGGGAAAAACAAACCCAGAAACCAAUCCAGUUUUCCAUAUCAAAGCUCGUUUAUCGUCGCAACUAUGCGGCAGGAAAUGGUUAGAGAAAGUGGUUUAGUAAAUCAGAUUGAUAUUAUUCGAUUAUUUGGCAGCCAGAAAUGGCCACUCAUUAAUGGCACCACUCAUUAAGCUUGACUUUGUCGUGAAAUAUCUUCAAGUUGAACGGAGUAUGCUUUUCUUAGCACGCUGUUCUGAUGUUUUUUUCAAGAAUAAAUGAAAAAAAAAAAAAUUUAUUGAUUUCAUGAAGAAAUUUUAUUCAUAGACACUAAAAAAUUUGCAAUUUUCACUUGUUCACCUAAUUUUAUUUUUUUAUCAAUUUAAAACACUGUCAAAAAAUAAGGGUUGAGGAAAGUGAAUCGAAAUGAAGAUUGUAUCAGGCUAAGCUUGAAAAUGAACGGAUUUGUAAUCCUUGUUCAGCACACCGUAAACUUUUGUUGUCACUAGUCCGUUUAAGAAAAUAUCAUAAAUAAACUAAACGAGCUAAAUUUUCCUACUCUCUUAAGAAUUUUAACAUAAUCCGCUGGACUGAUUCAAAACAAUCCCAAAAAACAACCGUUUUUAGCUGUUGAGUAUAUGUUUAAAACAGAGAUUAAGCUAGGAAAAGAGUAAUUUAGAGGCACAUUAGCUGUGCCAGAACAGAUGGACGUUUGAUACUAUUUAGAGUGGAAACCCCUAUAUUUUUCAAACAAAAGAUGGAAUGGUGUUAAAAUAAAGCGUUAGAAAAUGAAGUAGAUCGUUGUGAGAAUUUUGUAUUGACGAUAGUACAGUAAAAGAAAAUAAAGAAAAGCAGAAACAAACAACAAAUUGUAACAAAAUAUGUCGAUAAUCAAAUCAAAUUACAAUCACCACGCUACGAGCACUUCAGAAACAAUCAACUUUACACGAUUACGGAUACAACCAACCAAGAUUAACAAAGUAGUUUGAGAGAUUCUAUUUUACAAAAAAAAAGCAUUGCGAAAAGCAGGAAAACAAAACAAAACUUAUCCACACUCACAGAAAAAGUGUUUUUGUCCAGAAAUGGACGUUAUUUUAUUCAUCUUAAAGUAACAAGGAACAAGUAGAGAGAGUAGAAAGUGCUCAAACAAAAAGAAGAAAAAAAAAUAUGCAGAAAUCACAAUGCCAAAGAAUUAUGAAAAAAA